AUGACCGACAAAACUAUGGAGGAGAUUCCUUCUCUUCCGUUCCGAGGCAAGCCGCCCCAUGCGCGUGCUCCCGAGACGCAACAGGCAACCCCGAAACAACGACUGGCAAAGGCAGAUCCAGUUGCACCAGUUUCCAAGGCGACGUCUGCAUCAUCUCGACCUGUCGGAACCGCUCCUGCCCCUCCGUCGAAGGGCGGUCGAGCCGUCGACGACUCUGCCAAAUGCGACCCAGUCCGUAUGAAGGAGGCAUUGAUGGAUCUACGAUAUCCUCCGGAGUACACGUAUUCCAAAGACUGGAACAAAAGUCAGGUACAGCAUGCUACCAAGAUGCGCAUGCUUGAACGGGAGAAGGAGGAUCAGACCUCGUUGAUUGUUGCCUAUGGUGAUGACAAGAAGGACCUCCGAGUACGAUGCCAAGCCGUACCGUCACCCCUAGCCUCUGAUGACAAACAUCGAGACAAGACAUGGAUCUAUGUCUUAUCCCCGGAAGCGGACUCUAUCACGAAGCGCAUCACCCUCGACGAACUGCCCAAGUGGAAGGCACAAGGAUGGAAGGAGUUCCAUGUUCGUAAAAGUCCCUUGGUAGAAGGAACAGAUUUUGAGACGCGCAAAAUCUCCUUGAUACAUGAUGUUUAUACGACUGACAACCCCGUGAACGACACUUCCCGAAUUUUCAAAACUGGGAUAGCGAUCUCCGAGAAGUCAGACAAUAUCACCUGGACACCCGAACGUCUCCUUACUUCUAAGGAUGGUGCCCAAGCUGUUGUCGCAACCUCAAAGGAGUUCAUUGGACCCCUUGAUCAUGAACACAGUCAUUUGACUGCCACCUCUCGAGGCCACCACAUCAAGUACCCACGUCCCGGAAAAGUCGGCCCCGGCUGGGGCGACUACGAUCAAUACCAAGAGUGGCAGUUGCGAGGUCGAAAGGUCACAUCGGACAUGGUGCCGGAGAAGAUCUGGGAUAACUCCAUCCCUGAAACAGUAGCGUUCAACAUCAUCAAGGAUGGGCGGGCGGUUGCCGGCGAUCGUGUCAAUACUGUCAAUGAGAAGUUCGACGAAGAGGUGUUUGGUGAGAGGGUCAGCAAUCCCGUGGGUCUCUGCGAACGAAUCAAGAAGGAUGAAGAGAGAGCCCCGAACCGUUUCGACUUGGCUGGUGUCGGCAUGAAAAAGUCAUUGUCGUCUACCUCCGACUCGUCGUACCAAACCAAGUUAGGCAAAUAUCCUAUCGCGGGUGUCAGAGCAUUGUAA